UCCGCCGCCGCGCUCCAUGGGCAGCCGGAGCGGCCCCGCUGCGGCCGCACGCCGCCUGUGAGCCGGGGGAUGUGUAGCGGCUGCCCGGCUAGCAGGAGAGCCGGGACAUGGUGCCGUUCGCUCCGCUGGAGGACGCGGAGGAGCCGGAGCCCUGCCACAAAAUGGAGCUGUACGUGAGCGGCGGCGAGCUAAAUGGCCUUAAAAUGGCAGAUGAGCCUAUGGAAGAAGGUGAACCAUAUGCCUACCAUGAUGAAGGAAGUGUGAAAGAAAUUCCUAUUACACACCAUGUGAAAGAAGGCUGUGAGAAAGCAGAUCCAGCACAGUUUGAACUACUUAAGGUUCUUGGACAGGGAUCAUUUGGAAAGGUCUUCCUUGUACGGAAAAUAAUUGGUCCUGAUGCUGGGCAACUUUAUGCAAUGAAAGUCUUGAAAAAAGCUUCUUUAAAAGUUCGGGAUAGAGUUCGUACAAAAAUGGAGAGAGAUAUAUUAGUAGAAGUAAAUCAUCCAUUUAUCGUCAAACUGCACUAUGCCUUUCAGACUGAAGGGAAGCUAUAUUUAAUACUGGAUUUUCUCAGGGGAGGAGAUGUAUUCACACGAUUAUCCAAAGAGGUUAUGUUUACAGAGGAAGAUGUGAAAUUCUACCUCGCAGAACUGGCCCUUGCUUUGGAUCACCUUCACAGCUUGGGAAUUGUGUACAGGGACCUGAAGCCAGAAAACAUUUUGCUUGAUGAAGCAGGACAUAUCAAGUUAACAGACUUUGGACUCAGCAAAGAAUCAGUAGAUCAAGAGAAGAAGGCCUAUUCUUUCUGUGGUACUGUAGAAUACAUGGCACCUGAAGUGGUAAACAGGAGAGGGCACAACCAGAGUGCUGACUGGUGGUCCUUUGGUGUUCUCAUGUUUGAAAUGCUUACUGGUACACUACCAUUUCAAGGUAAAGAUCGAAAUGAAACUAUGAAUAUGAUACUCAAAGCAAAACUUGGAAUGCCUCAGUUCCUCAGCCCUGAAGCACAAAGUCUUCUGAGGAUGUUGUUUAAAAGGAACCCAUCAAAUAGAUUAGGAGCUGGAUCAGAUGGAGUUGAAGAAAUUAAGAGACAUCCCUUUUUUUCUACUGUUGACUGGAAUAAACUGUUCAGAAGAGAAAUUCAGCCUCCAUUUAAACCUGCUUCUGGAAAGCCAGAAGAUACUUUCUGUUUUGAUCCAGAAUUCACAGCAAAAACACCAAAAGAUUCUCCAGGAGUCCCACCUAGUGCGAAUGCACAUCAGCUCUUCAAAGGAUUUAGUUUUGUGGCAACUACCACUGUAGAAGACCAUAAAAUAUCACCACUCACCAAUAUACUGCCAAUAGUACAGCAGCUUCAUGGAAACAGCGCACAAUUCACUGAUGUAUAUGAACUGAAGGAAGAUAUUGGUGUUGGUUCCUACUCUGUUUGCAAGCGAUGUAUCCACAUAGCUACAAAUAUGGAGUUUGCUGUGAAGAUAAUUGAUAAAAGUAAGAGGGACCCCUCAGAAGAAAUUGAGAUUCUCAUGCGUUACGGACAACAUCCGAACAUUAUUACUUUAAAGGAUGUGUAUGAUGAUGGUAGAUUCAUAUACCUUGUCACAGAGUUGAUGAAAGGAGGAGAGCUGCUUGAUCGAAUUCUCAGACAGAAGUUCUUCUCUGAACGAGAAGCUAGUGCUGUAUUAUACACUAUAGCCAAGACUGUGGACUACCUGCACUGCCAAGGAGUAGUGCAUCGAGACCUUAAACCUAGUAAUAUUUUAUAUACGGAUGAUUCAAAUAAUGCUGAUUCUAUAAGGAUUUGUGAUUUUGGAUUCGCAAAACAACUUCGAGGAGAAAAUGGACUACUUCUGACUCCAUGCUACACUGCAAACUUCGUGGCACCAGAGGUUCUCAUGAGACAGGGAUAUGAUGCCGCCUGUGACAUAUGGAGCUUGGGUGUUCUUCUUUACACAAUGUUGGCAGGCUAUACUCCAUUCGCCAAUGGUCCUAAUGAUACUCCAGAGGAGAUCCUGGUACGGAUAGGCAGUGGAAAAUUUUCCUUAAGUGGAGGCAACUGGGACACAGUUUCAGAUGCAGCAAAGGACUUGUUAUCACAUAUGCUUCACGUAGAUCCACAUCAGCGGUAUACAGCAGAGCAAGUACUGAAACAUUCAUGGAUAGCCUGUAGAGACCAGUUGCCACAUUAUCAACUAAACAGGCAAGAUGCACCACAUCUAGUAAAGGGAGCCAUGGCUGCUACAUAUUCUGCACUGAAUCACAAGACAUUUCAGCCAGUGUUAGAGCCUGUUGCAGCCUCCAGUUUAGCUCAGCGACGGAGCAUGAAAAAGCUAACAUCAACAGACUUAUAGAUCCACUGGGACACCUUAGCAAACAGAAGCAAGGGGAAAAUCCAAUAAGUGGCUCUAUUUUGCCUGACCUGUGAUCAAAAGGCAUCUAUGGUUUCCUGCUACACUACUUGAAUUCUGUAAAAGUCCUUUUUUUAAAAAGAAAAAAAGAAAUCCACAGGUUCAUACUGUGUUGUUUUACAGGCCGUAUCUGUUAAAUUAAUUUAAACGUCAGGUACACCAUGAGGAGUUUCUCUACACUGUCCUUUAAGAGAUCUGUUGCAAAUAUUCUUUCACGUUCUGUAUAGUUUUGCUGGGUUCAUUUAAGAAAUGGUUUAGGGGACCGUUGCCAAUGACCAAGUUGUACAUAAAGUGUCAGUGUAAGUUUUCUUUUCUUCACACCGUUAGACCCUGUUGUGAAGGACAAAUUCUGAAUUUUGUAAUUGGGCACUUACUCAUUUAACUUUUUCAGUCAUUUAACUUGUUCACUACUAUUAUGGAAAGCUGACUAAUGUAUUGUGCCAGUGUUAAAUGCAUUAGUGUUAAUUUGGAAGGUCUGUUUGUGCAUGGUGCCAGUAACUGAUAAGUUUAUGUGAAAAUACAAACAAAAGGGAUGUGUAAGAUUCUGCACUUUACCCAUAAGCUUAAUUUGAUCACUUGUGACCCAAAAGAAGUGGUGGUUAACAAAUGGCCUCUUACGGGAAAAUUAACAUUUCCAGUUGUUACCAUGAAUGAUAGUGUGUCCUGCACUGAGCUGGAGGAGGUAUGUGUAUAAACUGCCGGAAUUAAGGAUCCCAACAACAUUGGUACCGCUUUAAGACAUCAUUCAAUCCAAUACUUUUAUUUAUUUGUCUAUCCAUUAGUACCCUGACUAUGUUACUGUUUCCUUGGCAGUUGUUUCCACUGAAUAUACACAAUAUUAAGUUUGUUUGGUAUAUAAGACAAACUGACACUUUAUUAUAACAAACUUGGCACAUGGAUUUUAUUUCUUAUUUAUUUGAUUUUUAUAGGACGUUGCUUCUAUCUGAAUCUCUUGCCGCAUGUACAAAUAUUACAGAACAUAAAUGCAAAAUCCUAAUUGCCUAACUGUAGGGGUAGCUCGGGAAAAUAAAUAAGACUUGCAGUGUGCCCAGAUAAGGGAAUUCUCACCAAGACAUUUCACAGUUAUGGACAAGUUAUUGACCGUAUCCUGUCGUCAGCAGUACUUCACCCUCUCUGUCUUGAUGUUAGAACUUCAGCUGUUUCUGGGUGCUGUGAUGUGAAGGAAAUGAAUUUCAGGGCCAGAAUUAUCUUGGGUUUUCCUGACUCAAAAUCAGUGCUAACUGCUUUUAGACUGGGAACGAGUGCAUUCAGGGAUAAUGAGCUUAAAAGUGUUUUCAAAAGCUGUAGGCACUACUGUGCAGUUGUAGUGUCAUGAUAGAAUGCAACGCAUUUUAGAUACUAAGUAUGUGUGACCACAGUUAGGCUGUGAACAGAGAAUCCAAGUGACCAAAAAAUCAAAUGUAGUUCAGACCGAUCUGCCAUCAUUGGAUUUUGUGUCCCUCGUACUU